GCUCGCGUAGGAGACCACUCACGCUCGCUCUCCUGGAGACAACCGCGAGAGGAAUUAAAACCCUAGCGCCGCCGGUCAUGAUCCCCGGCCCUUCGCCGUCUCCACUCCCGCCCUAGCCUCUUGCCGCCGUCGCAUCUCCCGGACGCAGCUUUCGCCAGCAUUCACUUUCAGUCCUUCACUCCGCUGGACACGAUCUCGAGAGGGGUAGAAACCCUAGCGCCGCCGGUCAUGAUCCCCGGCCAUUCGCCGUCUCCACUCCCGCCAUAGCCUCUUGCCGCCGUCGCAUCUCCCUGAUCCCCGGCCGUUCGCCGUCUCCACUCCCGCCCUACCCUUUUGCAGCCGUCGCAUCUCCCGGACGCAGUUAUCGCCAGCAUUCACCUUCAGGACACGGUCGCGAGAGGAGUAGAAACUCUAGCGCGGCCGUUCUCGUAGCUGCUCCUGGCCGCGCUUAGCCUCUCAGCGCCGCCGCGUUUCCCCGACGGUGCUCUCUCCGUCGUUCCCCUUCCUGCAACGCCGCGUGCUCCCGACCGCACGCCGUUUGUUGCCGACGACUUCCAGCCUCCUCGUGCCCGCGUUUUCUUCCCCGGCCUCUCAUUCUGGAACUGGUAGCCCGUGCGAUGGCUGCUACAGCAACCUUCUCAACGGAAAGCUCGGUACUUGGUACCGAACAGGGCGGUCUGGUGGGGUUUGAUCUGAGCAUUGACACAUGGCGCGUGUCCUUUAUUCAGGGCAGCAGUAUGCUGUACCAGAUUGCUAGGAACCAACAUGGUAAAUUUGAUACUCCCGCAGCAGUUCGUUUUGAUGGGAGGCAAAGAUUCACCGGCAAGGAUGCUGUUGGCGGGGAUAAUUGCUUCUAUCAUAUCAUGGAAGUAAUCGGAAGGAGCAUGUCGGAUCUUCAAUCUGUCCCAGAGUUGCAUCAAUGGGUUGUGAAGGAGCAGAAUAGCAAUCUCCUGCUUGUAGCUUUUCCAGGUUCUGAUGUAAGAUUCACUCCCACUCAAGUGUUGGCAAUGUUAAUCACUGACCUGAAGAUCACAGCCGAAAGAGCCCUUGGUGUCACCGUGGGAGAGUGUUGCAUUGCUGUUCCCAGCCACUUCACCCAGUCCCAGCGCACUGCUGUAUGCCAAGCUGCUUACAUUGCUGGAUUGAGUCAGGUUUCCCUGGUUAACUCAACAACCGCAACUGCCAUUUAUCAUGGAAUCAAUCGGAAGCUUCUCCUGCAAAACACAUACCACCAUGUUAUCUUUGUGGAUGUUGGCAAAACUAUGUUGCAGGUUAGCAUUGUUAGGUUAGGGAAAAAUAGUGUUGAGGUUCUUUCUUAUUUGAACGAUUCGUCUACUGCCGAGAAAGAUUUUCUUGAUGCUAUGGCGAGACAUUUCCAGAAAACUGAGUACAAUGCUGGAAGGUUCGGGAUCAAAUGGAAAAAAGGAGAAGACUCAAUAAAUACGUAUGAUGGCAAGGAAAUAACUGAAUUAAUGUUCUUUGAAAUCUGUGGUCCCAUACUGAAUCGUAUGGAGGAAUUGUUCAAAAAGUCCCUCAUCCAAGCUGGAGUUGAAAUAGGGGAAACUGGUUUAGAUCAACAGAAUAUAGUCAAUGGUGUUGUAUUGACUGGGCCGGGCGUUCAGAUUUUUGCGUUACAUAACUAUCUUCAAGAUGUAUUCAAGCAAAAACCUACUGGAGACGUGAAAUUUGCUGAUGAGAGUGUUGUCAAGGGCUGUGCCAUAUACUGCACCAUUCAAAAUGUUGCUUCCAAAGACCUGACUAAUGCUCCUAUACAAAAAAAACUGAAGGAGGGCCUGCUAAACUGCAAAGUUAAUGAUGAUGUGGUUUUAUCAAUGAAGGAGCAAAUGACGGAGGUUCCGGAGUUAGGGGUUGAUGAAAUUUCUGCCGCCCGCGAAAAUGAGAGGAAAAUGGGCUUACGAGAGAAAUUAAGAUUGAUGGUUUCCGACAUGCUUAAGAUCACAGUAUUUGUCAAGAAAGAUGAGGAACAAUUGUUAAAAGAGUUAAAGGAUCAGUUGGAUGAUGAUGAUCUGCAGCUCGAUCAGAAUUACAACCAUGUUAACUUGGUUCAGAAAGGAAUACUGGCUCGGAAGAACGAUUAUGAAAAGAAAUAUACUACGGCUGAUUCUCUUAGAAGAAAAUUGAGCUAUUACGAUGAUCUUGUAUCGUCGCAGGAAGCCAAGUAUAGAACAAUUAAGAAAAGAGAAAGAGAUAUGUUCAAGCAAGUAAUUGAGGAAACACGUGAUUGGUUACAUGUCCAAGCAAAUAUGCUAUCAAGUUUGUCAACAAAGGACGAUUCCAUCUCUUUUGUUCCUAAUGUAAACAAAAAACUCAAACUUCUUCAAGAAACCUGGCAACUGGAAAGGGAACCAGAAAUCGAGCAAGUAACAUAUGACAUGACGCUUGAAAGCCAUAGGAGCAUGAUAGAUGAUUUCCGUGUCAGAUUAGUGAAGGGUCGGGAGAAAGCGAAGAUAAAAAGUUGUUAUUUGCUCCCAUAUCAAGUGGAGUUCAACAGAGUUCCUUUGAAAUGGUUCCGACUGAAACUAAUAGGCAGAGAUGAUGAUUAUACUACUGUCCACGUAAAAAAUCAUAAUGCUUACACCAUGGCCUUCAGCAACAAGGAAGAGCAAGUGUAUGAGAUGGGCCCUGCACUUAAAGAUACAAAAAAAGUGGUUGUUGCCACAAUUCCUGGAGCAGUUCUAGUGGGCUUCAAUUGUGACUAUGUCAACAUGAUUAACCCGACCCCGCCGUUUUUGAAGAAUGAACAGUUAGCGGCAAAAAUGUGUGAACUCAAAUUGGGGGAAGAUCCUUGGUUUGAUGCCAUACACGUGCUCUCAAACCAUGGCUGUAAUCCUGGUCAUCACAAGGGCUGUUCACUUUGUAAUGCUCCAUAUGCUGUCAGACGAGCUGUAAUGACCAUUAAUUUUAUGCUGAAUGAGCCUGCAAGGAUAAACACGGUCUGUGACGCUGUGUUAGGUGGCCUAAGCUUCACUGAAGUUCUCAUCUAUUGCAUAUGGCAUUGGAAGGAUAUGUCAUUGGAGCUGCGGGAGUGGACUCUUGAUAAUAUGAAGACAAGUAUUGAAAAAACGCUGGCAAAGAAGAUAAGUGCACACACAGUUGAUGAGUUAGCACUUGUAUUAUAUCUGGUUCUCAACUCGAUUGGUCCUGGAAAAGUAGUGUUGGACACUGCUGAGGAUGGACCAUCAUCAGGACCUUCGCGGUCAUCGGGUGAGGAUGAUGGUGGUCAGGACAAAAAAGGAAAAAAGCAGGCUCAACCACCAUUACCUAGAACACCUGGCAGCGAUGACGGUGCUAACAAGGGGCAGCCACAAUCGCUAGCUGGUCCUGGUAAAACACUUCUUCAGAUCUUCACUGCAUGCCUCAAAGGUAUGAAGCUGCGUGACAUAGAAGCCAUUCUUGUGCAUGAAGAUCGGGGCAGUCAUGUUAUCUAUUCACGUAAUGAUACUCAUGGGUUCCGGCUUUCUGGGCCAGAUUUGGCCAUUUCGUCCGAAGCUGGAUCUUACCUUGAGAUCAUUCCAAGUACAACCAAGACCAUGAAUAGUGAUACUGAUGACAUUUUCAUGUGUUUGGACGACGGGUUCUCCUGUUAUAAUCAAACUAUGUCAAAGACCAUGAAUUAUGGCGGCGGCCAGGUACUUGUGGUCUAUGCUGUCUUAACAGGAGCCGUAGAGCUCAAUGUUGAAAUCAAGCUGAAGCUGCCACGAACUGGUAAGACAUACUCGAUCAGUGGUUUGGUUUCAGUAGACCAGGGCAUAGGAGCCAGCAGCAUAUUAUCUGUCGACCGAGGAGAUUAUGUUUCUAUGCAUGAGCAAUCUGUACGCUCUAGAGCACCUGGGCUGGGGCUUGUUGACCUUGUCCAUUCCAUGCCAAUAAUAUUACCAUUAUCUCGUUCAGUUCUCGCUGUGAAGCUGGGUGAGACUAUCACGUUUCAUGGCAACCUGUUUAUCGGUGCUCAGCCAGUAACCUUUUAUGAAGCAAUCCAAAUACCAUCAAAUGUUGACAUCAUUGAACAUAUUGAGACACCAUGGACGCAGCAAGGCGAGUUUUCCUCGAGUUCAAAUGUUACUUUGAUCAACAGAAAUAUUUGAAGGUCUGAGGAACCUUGCUGACGAUGCUGGUGAAUUUGGCUUCCCUACCAGAUGCUUUGCGAAAUGGUUGGAGUUUGCAUGUGGCAACCAAGAUGCUAACCAUAAGCUUGAUGCAAGCAAACUGCAGCGUUUAAUCGGACAUGAGGUCCAUUGAUGUCCUUCAUUUCCUUCGCACCCCCUCACCUCCUGCUUUCAAGGGAUCUAUUAAUCUACAUGUUAGUUUGCUACUGUACGGCUAGAUUGUGUUUUGGCUGGAAAGGAGAGAUCGCUCUGUACCGAAUAUGCAUCGCCAACCGCCAUUUCUUUCUCCUUUGAUUAUUAACACAUGGCAGAUUGUGAAUCGAAGUUACAGUGAAGCGAAUGAUUAUUGUGCAUGCAUUGA